UGAUGCAGAGAAGAAGAGUGACGAAAAUGCAGGAAGUAAUUAGCUAAGGAGAGUCAGUCAAGAAAACUGAUGUACUUUCAAGGCUACGAUGUCCUGCUUUGAGAGUGAUAAGAGCAGCCUGGAGAAUGAUGAAGCGUGUUGUGGUGGGGCGACCGCGUCACAGCUGUCCAACUGUGCGCUGACCAUGCUGGAGAAAGAGGGCAGCGACUCUGCGCUGAGCCCCACGGAGAGUACCCCCAUCAGCCUACAGGGCGGCGCCCCACUGCAAGGCUACGACGUGGAGUUCGACCCUCCGCUGGAGAGCAAGUACGAGUGCCCCAUCUGCCUCAUGGCCCUGAGGGCAGCCGUGCAGACGCCGUGCGGCCAUCGCUUCUGCCGCAGCUGCAUCGAGAAGUCCAUCCGUGAUACAGGGCAGAGGUGUCCAGUGGAUAACGAGGUACUACGGGAAGACCAGCUGUUCCCAGAUAACUUUGCCAAGCGGGAGAUCCUCUCCCUAACGGUGCGCUGCACCAACGUAGGCUGCGCUGACAAAAUGGAGCUUCGCCGCCUGGAUGGCCAUGUUAUGAAAUGUGAGUUUGCCACCGUGCCGUGCCCGCUGUGCCAGGACGCGGUGUGGAAGAGCCAGCUAGAGAUUCACCAAAGCCAACACUGCCAGCGGAGACCUGUGUCCUGUCCCGACUGUGUAGAGAGCUUUGUUUACGAGGACAGCAAGGUUCAUGAGUCGCUGUGUCCCUUUGCCAACGUGGUGUGUCAGUACUGCGGUAUGGAGCUCAUCAGAGACCAGUUGGAAUCUCACUAUGACACAGACUGUCCGAAGGCUCCGAUCGCCUGCACCUUCAGCACUUUUGGAUGUGGAGAGAUGAUGCAGCGUAAUGACCUGGCGCAGCACAUGCAGGAGUUCACUCAGAUGCACAUGCGCUGCAUGGCUGAGUACCUGCACAGGCACAGCCUUACCGGGUACACCCAGCCACCUUCUUCUGACGACCGAGGGGCUGCCGCUGCAGAGCUGGGGGCACACGCAGGAGCUAGCAGCAGUGGCGCCCCCUGCCAGUGCUGCGGGGAACUGCAGACCAUGCGGGAGACCACCCAGCAGCUGGAGGGCCGUCUGGUGCGGCAGGACCACCAGCUACGUGAGCUGAGCGUUCAGGCUGUCCUGGUGGCUGAGCUCCGUCGUAAGGUCACCUCGCUGGAGGAGAACCUAAAGGAGCUGGAGGCCAAGCAGUGCCAGGGCGUGUACGUGUGGCCCUUGGAGGGCUUCUCGGGCUACCUACGUACCCAGGCUGCCGGACAGCCCGUUGUGGUGCACAGCCCGGGCUUCUACACGGGCCGGCCGGGCUACAAGCUGUGUCUGCGCCUCCACCUCCAAACGCCCUCGGCCCAGCGAUGCUCCAACUACAUCUCACUGUUUGUUCACACCAUGCAGGGGGAAUUUGAUGGGCAGCUGUCGUGGCCCUUCCAAGGCACCAUCCGUCUGGCCGUGCUGGACCAAGGGCCUGAUGGCCAGCACCAUGUGGAGGUGAUGGAGACCAAACCUGACCUGCAGGCCUUCCAGAGGCCCACCAUACAGAGGAACCCCAAGGGCUUUGGCUACGUCACCUUCCUGCACCUGAUGGAGCUGCAGCAGCGGGGGUUUGUGCACGAUGACACGCUGCUGGUGCGCUGCGAGGUGACGCCGCGCUUCGACACCGCCCUGAGGCGCGAGGGGGCGGCCAUGCAGCCCAGAGGGCCCGAGGCCUCGCUGUGAGGACCCUUUUAACGUUCCGGCGACGAGGUCAUUCGCCACCAACGUUAUCAGUACAAAGUAUCAGUUUGCCAUUUUCCUGACUUCUUGUAUCGCACAGGAUCAUUGCAUUGGGUUCAGUCAUGACCAACCUCAUGGGAAAGUGUACUGCUCAGUUGUGGGUUUUAUCUCCAACUCCAAAAGGCUUUUCUUUGCUGUAGCUUUUGAGAGUGAUGGACUGGAUGUUGGUGGCGAUUAACACCAAGGUUCCCUGCAACAAGUCGAGAGCUUGGGGCUAUAUGGUUUUAUCUGCAGUUUUGUCCAAAUUUAGUUAUUGACAUUAGCCUUAUUCUGUUCAAUGUUCUCUACCUAUAUAUUACUCUAAAUACCCCAAUUCAUGUUCAGUUCAAAAGAAUACAAGAUAAAAAAUUGCUGACACCAUUCAAACCAAUGAGGGUUCAGAACUUUAAAGCCGAUCUCACAAUCAUCUAUUUGCAGACAGAACGUUCUAGUCCCAAGCUCUGUGUUCCAUCACUUAUCCAGCAAUAUGUCGCAGGCUACUGUACUGUUCCAAAUAGAUAGGAUUACAAAAUGUCUUAUGAUGCCUACAUUAGGUUGUAAUAAACAUGACUUUGGUUUCAGUACAUCGUUCUUCGUAACAGCUUUGUAGUGGAGACCGGCAAAGUCUCGUUAAUUAUCAUAACAUGGUAUUACAGUUUAUAUUUAUGUCAAGCUCAAAGUCAUGUUUAUGACAACUUUAUGUUGGCAUUAAAGAAGCCAAUUCAAAUAAGAUGUUACCAUCUCUAAGCAGGAGAUGACCAGAGGCAGAACUACCUAUCAACUUAUUGUACAUCCUGGAUGACGAGUGAGUCAGGAUCACUGGCAUUUCACUGGUCUUCUGGUUGGACGAUCAUACAAGCAAGAUGGGGGCAACAUCCUAACCUGGGUCUUAAUGCACAGCUCUUCUGUCUGUGAAAAUGUGGAAUGAUGUGGCAUCCCUUAAAACCUCUUCUGGAGAAGAGAUUUCCUGAACAAUGGCUGUGAGAUUGGACAUACAAUAAGCAGUUACAUAUGAAUGAGUUGGUAUACACAGUGGUGUAAAGUACUUAUGUACAAAUACUUAAGUACUACUUAAGGCUGUUUUUUUUUGGUGGGUGUCUGUACUUUACUAUUUAUAUUUUUGUCAACUUUUACUCUACUACAUUUCUAAAGAAAAGAAUGUGCUCUUUACUCCAUACAUUUUCCCUGACAGCCAAACCAGCUCGUUACACUUGGAAAUGCUCGGGCUGGAGAGCUAUAUGGUCCAAUCAUGCACAUAUCAGUUUUUUAACCUUCAUUUUAACAGGGAAGAAAUUGAGGCCUAGGUUUCUUUUCCAGAUCUGCCCUGUAUAAUACAAUAUAAAUAAUCACAUUAUACACAACAUAUUACAAUACAAAACACAGUCAUGUGAAGCACUAAUAAAACAUCACAAAUCAUUCAGAAAAAGUGACAUUCCUCCACAAGUAAGUCCCCAAUCAAUACGUUAAAUUGCCUCAAACAGCACCAGAACAUCAAAAUAAAAUGUAUUUAUAUUUUGGGGGGCAAUACGGUGCAUUUUAAGGUAAAACCAGAUUUACCUAGCUCGGUGGAGACCCUAGGAACGUCCAGUUAACGGGUUAGGCAACUCAGGUGUCUAUACUUCAACAGCAAAGUUAGAUAAGAUGGAAGUUUAUGAAGCAGGGCCUUGUAACCAAAAAGGGAGUAAUGUAGAGACCUACGGGUCUUUAGCGAAGUCUAGCCAACCUUUUGAUACAGGAUGCAGUGAUGUGAUGAGUAUCAAAUCUGUCUCCUGUAACAACGAAGGGCAAUAUGGUAGAUGGAAUCCAUAGUUUUAAGAGUAGUAGCAACUGCACUUGGAUAAAUAAUCACCAUAAUCAAGAACAGAUUAAAAGGUUGACUGAAUAAUCUGCUUCCUACUGCUGAGAGAAAGGCACCAUGGCUUUCUGUAGAAAGAAGACCGCUUUAAGUCUUUGCUUCUUAACCAGCUCAUCUGGUUUUUUUAAACGUCAAAUCCAUAUCAAUCCAAAUGCCUUAUUAUUUAUAUGCGGAACACGUUCGAUUGGAGAACCAUCUAAUGAGGGAACAUGUAGUACAUCUGAAACAUUCUGAGUUUAAAAAGUUUUAUUUAGUUUUGUCCAUAUUAAGCACACGUUUUAAAUCAGCAAGGGAUUCCUACAUAGCUCUAAAAGCUGACUAGUUUUGACACAGCCAGAUCAAUGGGGGAGGCAGGUAGCCUGGUGGUUAGAGAGGCAGGUAGCCUGGUGGUUAGAGAGGCAGGUAGCCUGGUGGUUAGAGAGGCAGGUAGCCUGGUGGUUAGAGAGGCAGGUAGCCUGGUGGUUAGAGUGUUGGGCUAGUAACCAGCAGGUAGCCUGUUGGUUAGAGUGUUGGACUAGUAACCAGCAGGUAGCCUGGUGGUUAGAGUGUUGGACUAGUAACCAGCAGGUAGCCUAGUGGUUAGAGCGUUGGACUAGUAACCAGCAGGUAGUCUGGUGGUUAGAGCGUUGGACUAGUAACUAGCAGGUAGCCUGGUGGUUAGAGUGUUGGACUAGUAACCAGCAGGUAGCCUGGUGGUUAGAGUGUUGGACUAGUAACCAGCAGGUAGCCUGGUGGUUAGAGUGUUGGACUAGUAACCAGCAGGUAGCCUGGUGGUUAGAGUGUUGGACUAGUAACCAGCAGGUAGCCUGGUGGUUAGAGUGUUGGACUAGUAACCAGCAGGUAGCCUGGUGGUUAGAGUGUUGGACUAGUAACCAGCAGGUAGCCUGGUGGUUAGUGUUGGACUAGUAACCAGCAGGUAGCCUGGUGGUUAGUGUUGGACUAGUAACCAGCAGGUAGCCUGGUGGUUAGUGUUGGACUAGUAACCAGCAGGUAGCCUGGUGGUUAGUGUUGGACUAGUAACCAGCAGGUAGCCUGGUGGUUAGUGUUGGACUAGUAACCAGCAGGUAGCCUGGUGGUUAGAGUGUUGGACUAGUAACCAGCAGGUAGCCUGGUGGUUAGAGUGUUGGACUAGUAACUAGCAGGUAGCCUGGUGGUUAGUGUUGGACUAGUAACCAGCAGGUCGCCUGCUGGUUAGAGUGUUGGACUAGUAACCAGCAGGUAGCCUGGUGGUUAGUGUUGGACUAGUAACCAGCAGGUAGCCUGGUGGUUAGAGUGUUGGACUAGUAACCAGCAGGUCGCCUGCUGGUUAGAGUGUUGGACUAGUAACCAGCAGGUAGCCUGGUGGUUAGAGUGUUGGACAAAUAACCAGCAGGUAGCCUGGUGGUUAGAGUGUUGGACUAGUAACCAGCAGGUAACCUGGUGGUUAGAGUGUAGGACUAGUAACUGGAAGGUUUAUAGAUCGAAUCCCCGUACUGACAAUGGAAAACUGUCAUUCUGCCCCUGAACAAGGCAGUUAACCCACUGUUCCCCUGAACAAGGCAGUUAACCCACUGUUCCCCGGUAGGCCGUCAUUGUAAAUAAGAAUUUGUUCUUAACUCACUUGCCUAGUUAAAUCAAAUAAAAUAGUCGGGGCAAUAGUGUACAUAAUAGUAUCAUCCACAUUUAAAUGAAGUUAACAGAUUGACCAAUGGUGUUAAUAUAAAGAGUGAAUAGAAAUGGUCCCAAAAUCGGGAUUUGACCGUUUUUCAGAAUUUACACGGGUUCCCAUUACAAUCCGAAAGAGCAGUUACAUAAUCCGAUUUAACCUUGCUGAUUUGUCUUGCACAAUGAUUCCUCAGUUGCUUAAAGCUUGCCAGUCCGGGCCUAAGCCUGCGUUCCUGGCCUUGACCCAAGCAUCACCUCUUUUAUAAAUGACUUCUGAUCAUUCUGGAGUGUACCAGGCAUUCCAUCUACCUUUAACCCUUCAUUUUUUUGAAGGGAGCAUGAUUAUCCACAAUAGUAUUGAAGACAUCUGCAAAAAGGCUGAAAGCUGAAUCAUGUUGAUGGAUAGCUGAAAUACAAUCAAGGUCACUAAAAUAAAGAUGAAAAGCCUGUUCACUUAAGUUUUUAAAGUUCCUCUUUGUGUUCAGAUGAGGUUUAGAUUUGUGUUGUCUCACAUCUCUAACACAAACAACAGUCAGUUUAUUUUAUUAUUCCCCCCCCCCCCCCCCUCCUUUUUUCUCCCCAAUUUCGUCAUAUCCAAUUCUGAUCUUGUCUCAUCGCUGCAACUCCCCAACGGGAGCGGUGAAGGUCGAGUCAUGUGUCCUCCGUAAAUAUGACCCACCAAACCAUGCUCCUUAAUGAAACACCUGCCAGCUUGGAGGAAACACCGUCCAACUGACGACUGAAGUCAGCCUGCAGGCGCCCAGCCAGCCUCAAGGAGGUGCUAGAGCGCGAUGAGCCAAGUAAAGCCCCCCGGCCAAACCCUCCCCUAACCCGGACGACACUGGGCCAAUUGUGCUCCGCCCUAUGGGACUCCGGUCACGGCCGGUUGUGAUACAGCAUGGGAUCAAACCCGGGUCUGUAGUGACACCUUAGACCGCUGUGCCACCCGGGAGGCCCUGGCAAUGGGCAGUUUCAGUCAAUACCAGAUUAUCUGGAUUCGCCUGCAUAGCCCAGAUCUUGAUGUAAUCAAGAUUAGGAACUAAGCUCCUAAUGUUCAGAUGCAUCAACCCAGGUCUUUUGCAAUUUUUAAAGUCAAAUGGAAACUAACUCCAACAAGCUACGUUCAAUAGAUGGUUACAGGCCCUGUCUGAUGGUUAAUAUUGAUAUAGUUGGUAUGGCUAUCAGAUUGCAUAGGACUGCACCAUUUGGUCGAUCCCCAUUAGUAAUAGCCGAAGGCGUAGAAAUGGGAUAUAACACAUUGGCAUCCCUACUGCCUCUGAUCUGAUGGACUCACUGAACACAAAUACUUUGUUGGUAAAUUAUGGUGGAGUGUUGGAGUAUUGGAGUGGUGGAGUAUUGGAGUGGUGGAGUAUUGGAGUGGUGGAGUGUCUUCUGUCCGUAAAUGAGAAAAACAAACAAGAAAAUGGUGCCGUCUGCUUUAAUGUAAGGAAUACGAUGUGUAGCAUUUGCUUUAGAAUUUUUGUUUAAAAAUAUUUAAAAAUAUCAGAAUUGACUACUUUUUACACCACUGUAUUUAAGUACAUUUUAAACCAAAUACUUUGACUUUUACUUAAGUAGUAUUUUACUGGGUAACUUUCACUUUUACUUGAGUCAUUUUCUAUUAAGAUAUCUUUACUUCUACUCAAGUAUGAAGAUUGAGUACUUUUCCCACCACUGGGUAUACAUAAAGCUUCAUAACACAUGUAUGAAACCAGUCGUGACACCUUCAUGAAUGUUACAGUAUCAUAACACAUUUAUUCAGCAUCAUGUAUAAGGGGCCUACGGUGUAUCCACCAGUUAGCAGACUCUUUCCAUAGGAUACUGAACCAAUGGAAACACAGUCACAGGUACCGAGAAAAACUACGCUUUGCUUUGUGUAUUGCUCAACAGGGAAAAAAUGUACUCUUGCAUCAAAGUUACUGUAGGUGCUUGUGUCAACAAGAGGCAUGAUUCCAUUCCUAACAAUUAACAUCCAUCCAGUCCAUUCAUACCCAGAAAUGGAAGUCAACCAGGGAGAGGACGGAGUGAGUUAUGCGUUUGGAAUUAGAUCAAUGCCUUCUGUUGCCAAGAAAGACUCAAGACUGUUGAGCAGAGUCAUAAUAAAUGUCCUCCCUGUGUCUGUGGCGUUAUUAGCAGAGCAGUGGAGAUAAGAAAUGUUCUCCCUGUGUCUGUGGCGUUAUUAGCAGAGCAGUGGAGAUAAGAAAUGUUCUCCCUGUGUCUGUGGCGUUAUUAGCAGAGCAGUGGAGAUAAGAAAUGUUCUCCCUGUGUCUGUGGCGUUAUUAGCAGAGCAGUGGAGAUAAUACAUGUUCUCCCUGUGUCUGUGGCGUUAUUAGCAGAGCAGUGGAGAUAAGAAAUGUUCUCCCUGUGUCUGUGGUGUUAUUUUGUGGCCUCACAUCACAUCAAUGGAUGAAGAUUGUUGACCACAUCAUACAGUAGCUACAAUUGACAAUUGGAUGAGGCUAUGGAGCAAUGGAGACAUCCUCACCCACCAGAAUGGAUAACUUACUCUCAUACGUUUAAUCCCACUGGACUUUUGAUUGUUUCUUGUGGAAUAAGUGGAAUAUAUUUGUGUGGACAUAUAUGCCUUACUGUGUUGUUUUGUUUAAAAUCAAUUUAAAAAGCUGAAAAUCUGUCUGCAGUCUACAUAGAUCAGUAAUCUCUACAGUACAGUGCCUUCAGAAAGUAUUCAUACCCCUUGACUUAUUCCACAUUUUGUUGUGUUACAGGCUGAAUUCAAAAUAGAUUAAGUAGAUUUGUUAACUCACACACAAUACCACAUAAUGAAAAAGUAUUUUUUUUUAAAUGUAUUGCAAAUUAAAUAUAGAAAUAUCUAAUGUACAUAAGUAUUUACACCCCAGAGUCAAUACUUUAUAGAUCACCUUUGGCAGUGAUUACAGUUGUGAGUGUUUCUUGGUAAGUCUCUAAGAGCUGUGAGUGUUUCUGGGUAAGUCUCUCAGAGCUUUACGCACCUGGAUUUUGCAACAUUUGCCCAUGUAUUAUUUUCUAAAUUCUUCCAGCUCUGUUAAAUUGGUUAAAUUGGUUGUUGAUCAUUGCUAGACAACCAUUUUCAGGUCUUGCCAUAGAUUUUCAAUUUGAUUUAAGUCAAAACUGUAACUUGGCCACUCGGGAACAUUCACUCUCUUCUUGGUAAGCAACUCCAGUGUAGUUUUGUCAUUGUGUUUUAGGUUAUUGUCCUGCUGGAAGAUGAAUUAAUCUCCCAUUAUCUGGUGGAAAGCAGACUGAACCAGGUUUUCCUCUAGGAUUUUGCCUGUGCUUACUUCCAUUCCAUUUAUUUUUAUCCUGAAAAACUCCCCGGUUCUUAACGAUUACAAGCAUACACAUAACAUGAUGCAGCAGCCACUGUGGUUGAAAAUAUGGAGAGUGGUACUCAGUAAUGUAUUGGAUUGGAUUUGCCCAAAACAUAACACUUUGUAUUCAAGACAUAAAGUUACUUUCUUUGCCACAUUUUUUGCAGUGUGACAUUAGUGGCUUGUUGCAAACAGGAUGCAUGUUUUGGAAUAUUUUUAUUCUGUACAGGCUUCCUUCUUUUCACUCUGUCAUUUAGGUUAGUAUUGUGGAGUAACUACAAUGUUGUUGAUCCAUCCUCAGUCUUCUCCUAUCACAGCCAUUAAACUCUGUAACUGUUUUAAAGUCACCAUUUGGACUCAUGGUGAAAUCCAUGAGUGGUUUCCUUUCUCUGCAGCAACUGAGUUAGGAACGACGCAUGUAUCUUUCGAAGAACAGAAUCCCACUUUGACAUUAUUGUGUCAAGGCCAGUGACAAAAAAAUCUCAUUUUUAUCCAUUUUAAGUUCAGGCAACAAAAUGUGGAAAAAGUCAGGGGUUUGAAUACUUUCUGAAGGCACUGUAUGUUGUCCUGUUUGAAAUAUGUUAGGCUGUAGCAGGAUCUAUGGAUGCCUUUCUCUGAGAAGGAAUGAAUGUCCAACAUCUAUGUCCAAUGUCCAACAUUGGACACUUGCGUGAUGUAUGGUUGUCUCUACCUUCUUGCCCUUUGUGCUGUUGUCUGUGCCCAAUAAUGUUUGUAUCAUGUUUUGUGCUGCUACCAUGUUGUGAUGCUGCCAUGUUGUGUUGCUACCAUGUUGUUGUCAAUUUGUGUUGCUACCAUGCUGUGUUGUCAUGUUGUGUUGCUACCAUGCUGUGUUGUCAUGUGUUGCUGCCGUGCUGUUGUUUUCUAAUGAUCUCUCUUUAUGUAGUGUUGUCUCUCUUGUCGUGAUGUUUGUUUUGUCCUUUUUUUAUUUUUGAUCCCAGCACCCGUCACCGCAGGAGGCCUUUUGGUAGGCCGUCAUUGUAAAUAAGAAUUUGUUCUUAACUGACUUGCCUAGUUAAAUAAAUAAAUCUAGCAAAUGAGAUUCGUA